UGAAGCUGGGUCCUCUGAAGUCGCCCCCACGUUUUCAUCUGCGUAUCCGGCUGGCUUCUCCUUCUCUUCCCCCAUAUUCCGCGAAUGAAGCUUUUCUGAAGAAUUCUCAGCUUCCAAACUGUCGUUCAUACACGUCUUUGGUUUGAUUUGUCUUUCUCCCAAAAGUUUCUGCAUUUCCUUGAGGAUUACACUGGAGUGUUCAUAAAUUUUCUUCGUAGGGGUUGUGGAUAUAUUGACUUUUAUUUACCUCUUCUAACCCACAUUUUCCUGAAUUCGGUCAUCCUGGUCAAGUUGAUUGUUAAAUUUGUUCAUUUCUCUGGGGAAAGCUUGAUCUGUAUUUUGUGGUUCAUUUCCGAUCUGGAAGGUCUUGCUUGGCCUAGUGUUUGUUUCUGGGGAGGAACCGUUAAUUUUGUAAAGUAGGAAUGGAAAUAUUUUAGUGCAUUUUGAUCUCUUGGGAAGAUUACAUUGAUGGCUUCUCCUAGUUCUUCCCCUUCUGCUGUUCCACCCACUUCUGCUGAUAAUUCCCCAUCAAAUUCUCUCGUAUCAUCACAGCCUCCCACUUCUAGCCCACCCAGUCAAACCUCUAAUACCCCUGCUCCUUCAUCUCCUUCUGACGCCGCAACCCCACCUCCUUCCCCAUCUCUUUCUCCUCCACCAGCUACACCACCGCCAACUUCAUCCCCACCGCCGGCAUUGCCACCACCAGCUUCACCCCCGCCUGAAGCAUUGCUGCCACCGGCUUCUCCCCCCCCUGAAUCAUUGUCCCCUCCGGCUUCAACCAUGCCUCCAGCAUUGCCACCACCAUCUUUACCAUCUACGCCAAAUUCUCCUCCACCAACACCUUCAGCAUUGCCACCACCAUCACCUCCACCAGCAUCUGUUUCCACCCCUCCUCCAGCUCAGAAGUCACCUGCUGCUCCAAAUUUAUCCCCACCACCUCCACCUCCUGCAGCAGAUCCGCCUCCCUCUCACCGCAAUUCUCCUCCUCCUCCAAAGAAUGUCCCAAAAUCACCAUCCUCCGGUUCCCCUCCUCCACCUCUGGGAAAGCCACCAGAAAGUGCUCCUGUGCUUACACCCCCACCGUCUGUUUCCGACUCUCCUCCUUCUCCUCCUGCAGAUGAUCCCCCUCAAUCUGCAACACCAUCACCUUCUCCUCCUUCAGUUCCAUCUGCUUCUUCAUCCCCACCAACUGUUGCACCUUCUCCUCCAACUAAUUCAUCUGCAGCUGGGGGCCCAAUUUCAGCCCUACCGUCUAUUCCAACAGAGAAACCAACUGCAAAACCAACUGAUAAUACUAGUGUAACUGCAAAUGCCCCACCCACACAUAGAAAGGGGUUAAAUACAGGAGGAGGUGUGGCUAUUGGUGCCAUAGUUGGCUUUGUUGUCCUCAGCCUUCUUAUCAUGGCAGUGUGGUUUGUAAAACGAAAGAGGAAGCAAACAGGAUCAAAAGUUGGUUAUGCUAUGACCUCUCCAUUUGGCUCAUCUCAGAAUUCAGGUACCAUAUUCUUGAGGCCACAGUCUCCAGCUCCCUACCAUGGUAGUAACUCUGGAAGUGAUCUCAUGUAUUCUCCAUCGGAGCCUGGUGGAGUCAGUCAGUCGAGGUCAUCAUUCAUGUAUGAAGAACUUGUGCAAGCAACAAAUGGGUUUUCAGCACAAAAUCUUUUGGGUGAAGGUGGAUUUGGUUGUGUCUUCAAAGGUUUGCUCCCUGAUGGAAGAGAAAUUGCUGUGAAACAGCUCAAAGUUGGUGGUGGGCAAGGGGAACGUGAAUUUCAAGCAGAAGUGGAGAUUAUUAGCCGAGUGCAUCAUCGCCAUCUGGUUUCCUUGGUGGGUUACUGUAUAUCACAACAUCAAAGAUUGCUUGUCUAUGACUAUUUGCCCAACGAUACCCUUCAUUACCAUCUUCAUGGUGAAGACAGGCCAGUUUUGGACUGGGUUACCAGGGUCAAGAUUGCUGCUGGUUCAGCUCGUGGAAUAGCUUACCUACAUGAAGACUGCCAUCCACGAAUUAUUCACCGAGACAUCAAGUCAUCAAACAUCCUUCUUGACAACAACUUUGAAGCUCGGGUUUCUGAUUUUGGGCUUGCAAAAUUAGCCUUGGAUUCAUACACACAUGUAACUACGCGUGUAAUGGGAACCUUUGGGUACAUGGCACCGGAGUAUGCAACAAGUGGGAAGUUGACUGAAAAAUCUGAUGUUUAUUCUUAUGGAGUUGUGCUUUUGGAGCUAAUUACAGGUCGGAAGCCUGUAGAUGCCUCUCAGCCAGUUGGUGAUGAGAGCCUAGUUGAAUGGGCUCGUCCUUUGCUAAACGAAGUACUUGAUAACGAAGACUUUGAUAUGUUGGUGGAUCCAAGGUUAGAGAAGAACUAUAAUAAGAAUGAAAUGUUCCGGAUGAUCGAGGCAGCUGCAGCCUGUGUGCGUCACUCUGCAGCGAAGAGGCCCCGAAUGAGUCAGGUUGUGAGAGCUUUAGAUUUGAUGGAUGAACUAGCAGAUCUGAAUAAUGGAAUGAAGCCUGGGCAGAGCUCAGUAUUUGAUUCUGCAGAGCAAAAUGAACAAAUCAGAAUGUUCAGGAGGCUGGCUUUUGGAAGCCAGGAUUACAGUAGCAGUUAUUUCAACGACUCCCAUAGUAGCUGGAGAAGUAGAGAUCAGAGCCAACACCACACCACUACUACCUUCUCCCAAAAUAGGUCCGGACCAUGGAACGUGUAAAGCUUUCAUCGCACCGAUUUCGAUCUUUUUCUGGUACUUCAGAGGAAUCUAGCUAGAGAAAGAGAUGCAAUCCACUAUUAUCCAUCUAUUUUUCUCUUACGAAUCGGAGCGAUCUGGGCUGACAUAUAUAGCUACCUGCUAAUGAUGACGGUUUCCCAGCGGAGUUGAAGCAUCUCUUUGGAUUAAGAUGAUUUAUGCACAGCAUAACUUCCUUGUUUUCUGUAAAUUUCAUCUAUUAUUCUUUUGGCCUUUUGGCUCUGUUUUUGUUCUUCUCCCCUUUUUGACAUGGUUUUGUAGCUUUGCUUCGUAUUAUUUUUUUAUUUGAUAUAUUUUAUCACAUGAUCAUAUGAUUCUUACUAUACAUUUCUUCAUUAGUCCA